AUGUCUCUGUUAGUGGGUGAGUUUGUGCCUGACGACGGUGUAGGAACGGUUUCCAAACACCACAACUUGCGUGUGGCGCACAUUGCACAGCACUCCAUGCAUCUGCUCAACGACUAUCUGGAGGGCACGCUGGUGGAGUACAUGCGACAAAGAUUCAAAGGCGGCGGGGAUAAAGAUCUGAAUGAGAGGGCCACAACGGUCCUAACACAAGAGGUCAAGGACGAGAUGGCUGUGUGGGGGGCAAUUGUCAGUAUAGAGGGGCGUGUGCUGAAAAAACCGCAAACUAGGCAAGUAAAUAUCCUUAUUACGGGAUA